UAUACUUCAUACGUCAUACGUCAGUAAAACUAACAAAAACAAAAUUCCUAAAAUCAAAAAUAUAUAUUUUGGUUCGGUAUGCGUGUAAUGUGGGCGUAAAAAUUUUCAAAUAAAAAGAAACGACCAACUUCCAUUUAAUUGUGAAGUGAAGAACCAGUUUUAUUAUUGAUUUUUAUGAACAAUACAUGGCAAAAUAAUCUUAGGUAACGAUUAUUGCGGGUCAUUGACGAGAAGAUUGAAGUGUCAUGUCCUUAAUAACUAUAUUUAUCAAUUAAAAUCACCUUACAGUGAGUCAUUAAUUGUAGGAAUUAGACUCAUAAUCUUUCUGGAAUUUCCAGCCACAACAUGCCAAUAAGAUAGCACAAAGUAAAUGAAAAAGAAUGGCGAAGUCCAGUUACAGUAAGAUUGACGAGUAUGGCUUUGAACGACCUGACAAUUUCAACUAUGAGGUGUAUGACAGUUUUAUGUCCAAAUACAUAAGAGUCUUAACUAGGAGAUCAUUAAGAUGGAACACCAUAAAAGAAGGUCAUUAUACCAAAAAUAACACACUAAAACGCUUUAUUCGAAAGGGAAUACCAAGUGACCGAAGAGUUGCAGUUUGGAUGGCAACAUCAGGAGCUGACAGAUUACGAAAUGAGAGCCCUUUAACUUAUCAAGAUCUUAGAAAGAAAGUAAACAACAAAGCACUGAUAGAAACAAUUCAGAUUGAUCUUCCCAGGACAUUUCCAGACAAUAUUUAUUUUACGAGUCAUGAAUAUCUACCUCAACAAUUAUUUAAUGUUUUGGCGACUUUUUCUCAUCAAAAUACAGAAGUAGGGUACUGUCAAGGCCUAAAUUAUAUAGCAGGUUUACUUUUGUUAGCAACAAAAAGUGAAGAAGCGUCGUUCUGGCUGCUAAAGGUUCUAGUAGAGCAACUACUACCAAAGUAUUAUAUUCCAAGUAUGUCGGGCUUACUUACAGAUUUAGAUGUAUUGAAUGCACUUAUUCAAAAACAAGAACCUAUAUUACAUCGCCACAUACAAAACAUAGGCAUGCCUUGGGCUUUAGGAACAACAAAAUGGUUUAUUUGUUUGUACUCAGAAGUACUACCGACGGAAACGGUAUUGAGAAUAUGGGACUGUUUAUUUAAUGAAGGAUCAAAAGUCUUGUUACGAGUAGCAAUUACACUAAUAAAACUUCACAAACAAAAAAUUUUGGAAACUACAGAAUUAAGUGAACUUAUAGCAUGUUUUAGGGAUAUGCGCAGUCAUGAAGGUGUGAUUGAUUGCCAUCAGUUUAUGAAGGAUGUUUUUACGCUUCCAGGAAGUUUUUCGUCUAAUAGUUUAGACAAGUUAAGGAUAAAACAUCAAAAAUAAUUAAUGCUUUGUUUUAUUUUUAUAUCAACAUGAUUCUAGUCGUUUUGUCUAUUUAUACAGCCAAUACACUUUUGUAUGAA